AUGUUAUUUGAACAAGUAACCUAUGAUAUGCUAAUCAUAAGAAAGAGAAGAAAAGAGCAAGGAAGCAAAUCUCCAAACGCUUUUUUAUUAGAAAUGUAUGUCAAGUUAACGAUUAUUCUCGUGAUAACACUGACAAUCAAUAGGAGCUAUUCAGCCGCCUUGGACGCGAAUAAAUUGAACCGAUUAAUUUGUGAUGAAUUGAAUAAUAAUAAUACCAUCGACGUUCAAGAGGAUGAACAGUGGAAAGUAAUUUGCCAAGAAUUAUCUCUCAUCGAAAAAGUUCAAUCAGCUACUGAUAAUAAUCUUGUAGGAGAGAAUAUUCAACCGGACAAACAGCCACGCAAAGCAGCCGUUCGUUUUGGAAGUGUCAGUCGUGGCGGCAGUCGCAUCAGCAGUGGUAGUCGUUCCAGUAGUGGAAGUCGCACGAGCGGUAGCAGUGGAAGUCGUGUCUCUGCCUCAUCGUCAUCUUCCUCUUCAGUAAACUAUUACAACACACGUACUGGCGUAAGAUACAACCGUCCGACUGGUUCACUUUGGAGUCGAUCUCGGCUCGCCUUUCUUGUCCUAGCUAGCCGAUACACUAGUCGACGCUAUUCAUCAUCGUCUCGCUUCACAACUCCGGCGUCAGGUUCAGUGACCUACUACUAUUGUACAUCGAUUGACAACACUUCAGCAGAAAUACAAUGUAGUUCAGAAAAUGGUGAUACACAAUGUUGCGAGGAAACAGAUUACGAACCGUUCUGUUGCGGUGGAAACGUUCCAGAUGACAUUCAACAAGAUAUGAGUCGUGCAACACAAACGGUGUCAAGAAUCUUCUACACCAUUGCAGCUCUUGCUUUAUUUAUGCAUUUAUUCAUGCGACAUUUUCGUCGAUAA